AUGUCGUCAUCUACCUUCCUUUCUUCCUACACCAACGACCCUGUCUCCGACCUCCUCAUCACUGUCCGCUUCUCCGCUUCAAUCCCCGACCUCCCACUCGAUGUCCCAUCACCCGACAAAACAACCGGCGCAGGACUCAAGCAAUUAAUUCGGGCAAAGCUCCCAUCAUCCCUCUCAUCGCACCGCCUACGCCUAAUCUAUGCAGGCCGUGGACUAGAAGAUACAGCCGCCCUCGCAACCUCUCUCAAGCUCGCGCCUUCACCAUCUAGAACUCCACGACCCGCAGAAGAUGAAGACCCCCACGAUGAUUACACAAGUCCCGAGAGCGACGCCCAAAAUACCUCAGAUUUCAAGCCCAAAGAUAAAGGUAAACAGCCCGUCCGCGAUCAACGCCCAAGAAUAUACAUCCACUGCUCCAUUGGCGACAUCGCGCUUUCAGAAGCCGAUUUAGCCGCGGAAGCGGACAUCGCAACAACACAUCUACAAAGCCAAAAGGAGACCCAGAAUGUAUCAUCUUUACUAUCUACUACUACGUCAAUCCCCCACCGCGGUGGCUCAUCUAUGUUCCCAUCGCGCUCGGCGCCUCAAACAACUACAACCCCAGCGCCCCGCGGCUUCGAUCGCCUUUUGACAGCCGGUUUCACCGCGGCGGAGGUGACGGCUUUACGUUCUCAGUUUCUGGCUGUGCAGUCUGUUUCUCGUACUCCGGAUACUAUGCCUAGUGGGGAAGAGCUGCGCGAUCUGGAAGAUCGGUGGAUGGAUGAAGGCUCGACUGCUGCGGGGAUGGCGGGUGGAGGUGAGGGUGCGGGUAUUGGGGAUGAUGAUGGAGGUCUGGGGUCUGGAUCGAGGAGCGCUAUGGAUGACAUGCUUUGGGGUGCGGUUAUGGGCUUCUUUUGGCCCAUUGGCUGUGCGAUGUGGUUGCGGAGGGAGGAUGGUGUUUGGUCUUGGAGGAAGGGUGUGGCGGUCUUUGUGGGGGUACUUGUCAAUGCGGCUUUUGGGGCUAUGAGAAUCAUGAAUUAG